AUGAAAGCCGGCUCCGAAUCUCGCACGCUCGGCGAGCAGCCAGAUCGAGCAUCUAUUGAAUCCCUUGGGAAACGCAGUGAUUGUGUUGCUGCCACUGCCUCCAGGCACCAGUCCAAGACGGCGCGAACUCGCUCUCGCUCCACACAAUCUGGUUAUGAAUCGACUCGGACUUACGAUACUGGUAGACCCGCUCGACGUGCGGCAUACCAGCAGCAGAGCGCAGCGCUGAAGUUCCUUUAUAAAAAACCAACGGCACGUCCAGUGUCUGCCAAACCAGAUGGAAGUGAAGAGGAUGAUGAUGAUAUCAUUAAGUGGUCAAUGUAUCCCCAGGUGAUUGGAAAGCGCAGGUCUGAAUUAGUUCGUGCGCGAGCGCAGUAUAUGAAGUCUAGUCGAGCUUCAACUACUCCUAAAGGACAAAUUGUGACUGACCGGCCAACAAACCAUGCGACGCGCCACGAGUAUAGGUCCCAUUGCUGCUCGGUAGGGUCAGGCUUAUCUUACGAUUCCGGCUACGAUACCGAGAGUAUCAUGGACGAUCGACCGGUUCGAGCCUGCAUCUACCCACAGCUCAAGUACUGCAAAGUGCCAGGUAAGAUGCCUGCUGAGCCCCAACAGCGCGACCCAGUCCUCUUGCCUGACAACACACUGUCUAGACACCCUUCUUCACACUCGCUUUCUUCUCGCAUUCCUUGGAACAACACAUACAGGCCUGGCGGACUCCCGCACGACGAAUAUCGCAUCCUUGUCAGGCGACAGAAAAUGCAACGUGUUCGUGAGAUGCUGGAAGCGUUUUUCGCACACCACGGCAAUCGACAGGGUCCACGUAUCUGGCAUGGGCUCAAGCAAGCCCACAGAAUCCGACAAACCGAGCGGCGACGCGUGUCCAAGGUUAAUCUUGCAGUACGUAAGGCGAUGAAAGCUAACCUUGACCUACGCAGCAACGGCUACGAGCUCGCCCGGUACCGCCACGCAGGUAAAAUUCCCUACUGCGAGCUGAGCGACGUCGACGGUGUACCUCUUCCUCCGGCGAUGAUCGACGAGUUCACUCGCGCUUUUCGAGACGCUCAAGAUGAUGCAUAUAUGCUGAAGUUGACUCCCCUCCCGUAUGGUCAGCCUAUCCAGCAUACAUGGGUAGAUGAACGUGUUCGACAAGCAGCAGCAUGUCACCGAAUGGACAGCGGCAUUGUGAUGGAAGAGCCAGUCGAACGUCCACAGCUAGUGAGUAGGUUCAGCUGGGACAGCGAUAGUGAUCAAGAGGUACGCAAGCGGAAACGGUUGACGAAAGUGAAGCGAUGA